UGAUACUAUGGUACUAUUUCACCUCUCCUGCAUAUCUGUGACCUCGAGGUCACUUUGAAGGUCAGUAAGAAAAACAUGACGGUUGGCGGUGUUGAGGAACGUAACCAGGAUGCGACCAUUUACGUUGGCGGUCUGGAUGAAAAGACCACAGAGUCUAUACUUUGGGAGCUAUUUCUGCAAGCCGGGCCUGUUGUUAAUGUCCACAUGCCAAAAGAUAGGAUAACCAUGCAACACCAAGGAUAUGGCUUUGUCGAGUUCAUGACCGAGGAGGACGCCGAUUAUGCAAUGCGAAUAAUGAACAUGAUCAAGUUAUUCGGAAAACCCAUCCGUGUGAACAAGGCGUCUGCGAAUCAGAAAAAUUUGGACAUCGGAGCCAAUAUUUUCAUUGGCAAUUUGGACCCGGAAGUGGACGAGAAGUUGCUGUACGACACUUUCAGUGCUUUCGGGGUUAUCCUCCAAACUCCGAAAAUUAUGCGCGAUCCAGAAACAGGGAAUUCCAAAGGAUAUGCCUUCAUCAACUUCGCCAGUUUUGAAGCUAGCGAUGCUGCUAUUGAAGCCAUGAAUGGGCAAUACUUAUGCAAUCGGGCGAUCACUAUUUCUUAUGCCUUUAAAAAGGAUUGCAAAGGAGAACGCCACGGGUCGGCCGCUGAACGUCUUUUAGCUGCACAAAGCCCAUUAUCACAAGCGGAACGUCCGCAUCAAUUGUUCGCGGAUGCGCCCCCUCCACCUCCACCGCCGCCGCCACCACCACCCACUCUUUUGUCUGCAAGUAUGGCACCAAUAACAUCAAUUGCGAUACCUUCUCUGACGAUGACUUCUUUACUGAUGCCACCGCCACAUCCGUCUCUGCAAGGCGCACUUAUUGGCUUCCCUUCAUCAGCUGUCUCCGUCUCGAUGCCACCACCACCUCCACCCCCGCCACCUACGAUACAGACAGUUCCCGCCAUUUCUCUUGGUUCACUAUCAUCAGCUUCCUCUUUUCCAGCUCCUCCGCCACCACCUCCUCCACCGUUCCAAGCGUUUUCAAUGGGUAUGGAUGUCGCCACAACCACUGGACAGUCAGUCUCAUCUACCGGGGGCACUUUCCCACCUCCUCCGCCUCCUCCCCCUCCACCACCACCGCAAUUUUCUGCUGAGAUGUUUCCACCAUCAACUGUUUGAUGAUAGUUUGAUCGUUAGUCUUGAUGCUGUCGGUUUUUUGCAUAAAUGCCAUUCUCAUCGAACAUAUUUGUUGUCCCUGUUCUCAGUCACUAUUUGAAGUUCCCUCCCGCUCCCCCCGGCGCUUCACGUCCCAUGUGUGUAUACAAUUAAUGAUAUCAUAAUCCCCUACUCAUGAGUACAACAAAAGAUGUGUUUAGUUUG